CAUCUCUUGUGCUUUGGAUUUUCUGCAACGGGCAUUUCUCUCUGCAAUUUUUCCUGAUUGCAGACUUUGCAGUAAUGGUACUGGCUCUUGUUUGGUUGUUUCUUUUUCUCUGCAAUUCGUUUCUUCUUGUGGGCUCUUUGAAUGAUGAAGGCGUUGCUCUUUUGUCACUCAAACAGUCCAUUGGGUAUGACCCCGAAAGAUCCUUGGAUAACUGGAACUCUUCUGAUAACAACCCUUGUUCAUGGAAUGGGAUUACAUGCAGAGAAGGUAAAGUUGUUUCUAUUGGCAUUCCUACUAAGAAGCUUGUUGGGUUUCUUCCUUCUGCUCUUGGAUCCCUCACUGCGCUUCGGCAUGUCAAUCUGAGGAACAAUAAGUUCUAUGGGAGCUUGCCCGCUGGCCUAUUUGAUGCGCGGGGACUACAAAGUUUAGUUCUUGUCGGGAAUGCCAUAUCUGGGUCUAUCCCUCCCGAUGUUGGCAAGCUCAGUUACCUACAGACCUUAGAUUUAUCUUACAACUUCUUGAAUGGUUCGUUACCCACUUCGUUAAUUCAAUGCAAGAGAUUGAGGUAUCUCGAUCUCAGCAAAAACAAUUUCACUGGUUCUUUGCCAUCUGGGUUUGGUACUGCUCUGUUUUCUCUGGAAAAACUUGAUCUCUCUUACAAUAAAGUGAACGGUUCUAUUCCUAGCGACAUGGGUAAUCUUUCGAGCUUGCAAGGAACUGUCGAUCUGUCUCAUAAUUUGUUCAGUAGUUCAAUCCCUCCCAGCCUUGGGAAUCUUCCUGAGAAGGUUUACAUUGAUCUUUCUUACAACAAUCUAAGCGGGCAGAUACCUCAGAAUGGUGCUCUCGUGAACAGAGGACCAACGGCAUUCAUUGGGAACCCAGGGCUCUGUGGACCACCAUUAAAAGACCCCUGUUCAGACACUGCUGGUGCCAAUGCUUCAUCCUCGUUUCCCUUCAUACCUAAUAGCUUCCCGUCUUCGACUACAGAUGAUGGCUCUGAUAAGAGCGGUAAUAAGAGCAGAGGGCUUAGUAAGACUGAUGUGAUUGCUAUUGUGGUGAGUAAUAUAGUUGGCAUUUGUUUCAUUGGGGCGUUGUUCUCUUACUGUUACCGGAAAGUCUGCAAUUGUAGGAAGGGUAAGGAUGAAGGUGGUAGUAAUUUUGAGAAGGGAUCAAAGGGGAGAAAGGAGUGUUUGUGUUUUAGGAAAGACGAGUCUGAAACUUUAUCAGAAACUGUGGAGCAGCAUGAUCUUGUGCCAUUGGAUAUGCAGGUGGGAUUCGAUCUGGAUGAGCUUCUGAAAGCAUCUGCCUUUGUUCUGGGUAAGAGUGGAAUAGGGAUUGUGUAUAAAGUUGUGCUUGAAGAUGGACUUACCUUAGCUGUGAGGAGAUUGGGUGAAGGAGGUUCUCAAAGGUUUAAGGAAUUUCAGAGUGAAGUAGAAGCGAUAGGGAAGCUCAGGCAUCCCAACAUCGCAACUCUUAGAGCCUAUUACUGGUCUGUGGAUGAGAAGCUACUCAUCUAUGAUUUCAUACCCAAUGGCAACCUUGCCACUGCUAUUCAUGGGAAGGCUGGAAUGCCAUCCUUUACACCUCUGAGGUGGUCUGUUAGACUCAGAAUCAUAAGAGGAGUAGCAAAAGGUCUAACAUAUCUGCAUGAAUUUAGCCCCAAAAAGUAUGUCCAUGGCGAUCUGAAGCCAAACAAUAUACUGCUUGGGCAGAAUCUGGAGCCUCACAUUGCUGAUUUUGGACUUGGGCGCCUUGCCAAUAUCGCAGGAGCUUCCCCAGCGCUGCAAUCCAAUUGGGUAGCUACCGAGAAACCAUGGCAACAACAGAGUGCAUCAUCUGAAGUUAUUACAGUAAGUCCAACCAUAAGUUCCGGAUCUUGUUAUCAAGCUCCUGAAGCCCUGAAAAUUGUGAAGCCAUCACAGAAGUGGGAUAUUUACUCAUAUGGGGUGAUUUUACUGGAAAUGAUUUCUGGAAGAUCACCAAUGGUUCAAGUGGGUACAUCAGAAAUGGAUAUGGUUAGGUGGAUACAACUCUGCAUUGAGGAAAAGAAGCCACUUUCAGAUGUCUUGGAUCCUUAUUUGGUUGGAGAAUCUGGCAGGGAAGAGGAGAUAGUUGCAGUGCUGAAAAUUGCUCUGGCCUGCGUUCAGACCAGUCCUGAGAGGAGACCUUCAAUGAGACUUGUCUCAGAUGCUUUGGAUAAAUUGACCACCUCUACGGAUUGAGUAAACCCAAUUGGCCCAUGAACAUGGAAUUUGAUAUUCAGUAGCAGGAUUUAGUAGUCUGGAGAGAUGCCUUUCAGGUUUGGAGAAAACAUGAUUUUGGAUUUAAGUUAGAACAGCUGAGGAGAAAGGAUGUAGAAAAGAGAGAAUAA